ACUUGCGGGGUGGUGCCACGCAUGGGAAAUUCGCAGCGUGAGCCGUUGCACCUCGAUGAAAGUGACAAGGGAAGCCGUUUUGCCAACCAGAGGUUCAGUGCAAGAGCCGGUCCAGACCUGUUGUCAAAGUGGUGAUCACUGCCUAUUUGGGGGUUGCUCCAGAUGCAGGAGCGGGAGCAAAGCAUCCUGCCACGCUUGCUCCCAACCAACGAGAGGGCUAUUUGCUGUUGUGCUUUUCCGAAGAACUGCGGCAGCACGUUGUUGUCUCGAACACUUUUCGUUCAAAUGUUGUUGAGUGUGGAGAUGAAAGUGCCCUUGCAGAAGGGCUGCGACGCCUGUCAGACGAAGCCUGAUUACUGCGUUGUGUUUCCACAGUUGCUGGACAGCUACAACAACGCAAACACCAAGGUACUUGGCGGUGAACCACCCAGCGUGGCUCUCCCACAUCAAAUAGCGUACUGGCCUUCUAGCAUUGAAGAUUUGAUAGCCAUCGAAGAAGCUUGUUGCCCAGCCUCCGAAUUGAGAGGAAGUGUGGCUGCCACUACCGGCUGCGCCGAAUGGCUCGCCUUCACAAGGCUGCCACUAGAGCUCAGCUCCUUACGUGGGGUAACGAUACACAGCUGCAGCCAUCCCUCUAGCGAAGAAAAGGCGUCGGUACUGCAACCGAGUAUGUGUUUAAAAGGGGUCUGCAGAGAGGCCAGAUGGAGAUUUCGGUUCCCGGCUGGAGGCAGUGCCAGUAGCUGGAGGUUAGGGGGCAGCUAUGCAGUAAGUGACCAGUUGGGCAGUGAGAGCACGUGGUCAGCUAUGCACAAUGAAACUUGGAAGGUGAAACUACACGCUGAGAAGAGGCAUUGUGCUCUUCAACGCGCUCAGUCUCACAGUGCUUCGUGAUGUAUGGUGUUGGUGUUGAAGGAGGCACUCCCGGUUGGCUAAAGCUGUUAGCCGCGGCGGGCAGAGGCGAUGGGACCAGGGUGGAUGAUUGACGUCGUCGGUAU